UCAGCCCACCUGUUCCUGGUGUGGCUGAAACGCCAGCCCGUACGCCGCUAGUCCCAAAUAGGCGAAUCUGAACCUUCAUCGCGCUCUCCCCUGGCCCUUCAACACUGCAGUAAUUCUCUCACUCACUUGGUCUCCAGCCAGUCCGUCUGUCUCUCUCGGUCCUUGAAUCAACCCUUUAGCAUUUGACCUUGGACAUCUCUCUCGUUUCUCUGGGGUCAAUAUGUCCUGAUUCUGUUGUACCGCCCCUGCGUAUAGUUUUUGUUUACAACACCUACAUUAGCCAUGCCUCUUUGAUGGGCUGCACACCUCCAACACCCCUUGCUCGUUCCCGUCCCGCGGACUGGCACCCAUCUCGCUCCUCUGAUAAUUGGUAGCUAUCAUCACUUCGAUCUCUGGAACAAUUCAUCUGUCAACGCUUUGACAAUUUAUCGAAAUUGUCUUUUUUUUUUGUUUGGUGUUUUGUUUUGUUCCCGCUGUCUUGGUGGUGGUGGUUGGUUCUUAAUAUCGUGCUGGGAUUGUUAGACACGGGCAGAAAACAGGCAUUUGGAUAGUACACGGAAGAGAAUAACACCAAAAACAAAGAAAUCAGAGGAACAACGAAAGGCACACAACUCAAUCAAACGAGCGAGUUCACAUCGAAACUCCAUCAUUCUAUCGCCCGUGUGUGUGACCCUCAAUCAGAUAUUGAAAUGACGACCAUUUUAGCUGCUCCCGACUCUCCACCCGAGCUCUCUGGAUCCAAAUCCUCCAAGUCCUCCUCGUUCCGUUCCUCUUCCCAACACUCCGGUCCCGAUGGCAUCCUUGCCGACGUCUCCAAUUUCGAGGAUAUAGGUUUGGAGGAGGAGUAUGUUGACCCACGUCACUUUGCCCAGGACAAGUUUGCUGUAAGGCCAAGCCGCCGCGUAUCCGCUACCAUAGGCCCUCACACUAUAGCUAUGGCGACCACAACGAGAGAUUUGACAGCCUCUGCUAGCAGGAAGGACUACCCUAAGCUCCAGAGUCAGGUUCAGGGUACUUUGGAGGCAAUGCAAUCUCUUACUCUCCCGCGAUCCAGGAGUGCAUCACGUAGAGUGACCACUAGCCCUUCAGCUCUGUCACUGCACCUCCGCGCUUCGCCACGACAACGGUCGAGAUCCCCUUCCCCGGGCACACAUCCAACUCUGUUAUCAUCAACCAACAGUGCACCACUGCCACCAAGGCCCCGACUUACUACAUCUCGAUCCUUCACACGUUCUCCGUCGCAGCAGCGGCCCCGAAAGACUGUAGAGGAGUUGGAAGAUGAAUAUCAUGAUUCAGACGAGGAACUUCCUGAAGAUGCAACGCUAUGGAACGUACCUAUCUCUCCACGCCCUCCCCAGCAGCGACCUGGAAGCAGAGGCCCUAGCCCCGAUCGAAGGAGCCCUGGUCCUCGACCGAUUCCGCUGUGCCAUUCGACGUCAGCUCCACCAUUAUCAUCACCUCCAACAACAACAACAACAACAACAACAACAACAACAACAUCACCACCAACGUCAGCCAGGCCGCAGAGACCGAAACUGUCAAGAGCAAGCUCCCUGGGCCCUUCUCGGACGCAAGCUCUGCCUCGUUCCCCGCGUAUCAACUCGUGGAAUCUGGUCAUGUCUGAGCUUUCUGAGGAAGCAAAAAUAUUGACUGAAGCGCUGGAAUUCCAUGCUGAUGCUGCGAUACAGAAGCGCGAAGAAAGUCUUCAAAGUGGAAAGUCAUCUACUAGAUCUAGUCUGGAGCAGGGGAAACGUGAAUCCAAUGGCAUGAUUCAGCUUCCACCCUUGCAGAAAUCAAAUAUCAUGAUUGACCCCCUCCCCAUAAGCAAGGAGAAAGAAAAAGUUUUAUCGCGAACACGACCAAGCUGGCUUCCUCCCAAAGACCCAAAGGAGGAAAAGAAGCAUUUAUUGGAGUAUAAGCGUAUGAUGGCCCUCUCACGUGAAGCGGACAAACGGAAAGCUGCGGAAGCUGCUUCUGCCCAGUGUAAGAAGGAUGAUACCCGCAAGACAUUGCAGCGCAUCUGGGAUGACUAUGUCUUCCCUGAUUGGGACCGCGUUAUAUCGGAACAUCGCACUAGGGAGCUGUGGUGGCGUGGAAUUACGCCCCGUUCCCGAGGAGCUGUCUGGCAACGUGCCUUGGGAAAUGACCUUGCUCUAACGGAGGAGACUUACGUCAAGGCUCUCGAAAGGGCUAAUCAUAUUCAAAAAUCAACGGAUGACAAUGCAAGUGAUACAAACAAAAAGAUGAAAGAGUGGUUUGCGGGUAUUCGCCGGGAUGCAUCAACAGCAUUCCCGGACCUUCAUUUAUUUGGCGAAGAUGGACCGCUACGCGAAAAUCUUGUGCACGUACUUGACGCAUAUUCAAUGUACAGAAGUGACGUUGGCUAUCUGUACGGCAUCCAUACCAUUGCUGCUCUUCUCCUGCUCAACCUCCCAACGCCUGCUGCUACAUUUCAGACACUGGCCAAUGCCCUCAAUAAACCCUUACCGCUGGCAUUCCUUACCGCAGAUCCCGGCGCCAUGUCUCGCGCUUACUCUCUGGCCUCGACGUCGCUGCGCCUGAAGUAUCCACGCGUGUCCAACCACCUGUACGAGAAUAUGUACCUAUCCGACGAACAGAUUUGGGGCCCUAUGUUCCAAGCCCUCUUGACAAAUGGCUUGGACCUGGAGCGUCUUAGCCGUGUGUGGGAUUGCUGGGUCUUUGAGGGCGAUCGAAUAAUUAUUCGCGCUGCUGUCACCAUCGUUGGGUGUGUAGAGACUACCUUAUUGAAUAUCCUGCCUGGAGAUGAGGGGCAAAGAACCUGCAUGAGGAUCUUGGGAUGGGGCUCUAAGCAUGUCGCAAGGGGUGGACGAGUCGAUUCUGCCGAAUUGGAUCGUGUCGACGCUAAUGGCAAUGGCGGCGCAAGCGGCAACAGCAAUAGCAACAAUGGCAAUGAGUUGAGCAGAUAUUGGAUACUAAAUUUUGCUGGCGACGAGGAUGCGUUCAUGGGGAUGGUUCGGGUUGCGCAAAGGACUUGAACCGUCGUUCGGCUCCUACAUAAGGCACAAAUCCGACCUGCAGGCUCAUUACCGGAAUUCUUCCUUAUAAUGAAUGGCCUUUAUCCCGCCGCCCUUCCCCACCAUCCCUUUCUUACCCGCAGCGCCUUCAGUUUCAUCUUCGCCCAUUUUUGAAUAUCCUUCCCUUCUUUGUAUUAUUUUUUUGCCAACUAGGACUCAUUCUUCUUUGGCACUGUACACCUGAAUUCGCCCUACCUUUUAUGAUUCAUGAUACCACACUUCUUUUUUUUUUUUUUUUUUUCCCUAGUUUCUAUGGCUACACUUCAUGGUAUUUGGUACUUGGAGACAUUGGAGACACGGAGGAUAUAUCCGCCUAUCUUUCUCCUGAUCAUUUGUUGCCCCCGUCCCAUUAUUAUGCGUGCAUUUAUACAUUUCUCCGUCCAGCUGUUCUUAUUGCUUAAUAUGCAGUAUGUCGCAGGCAUGCUCGCACAUAUGUGAACCGUGGCUCGCACCAAACCACAUUUUCAACUAUUGUCUAUUAUUAAUGUUAUUAUUGUUAGGGAAGAAACGGGGUUUCAUUCUUUUUUCGUGUUCAGUCCACGUUGGCAACCCUCAUCACGUUGAUAUUGCUCCUCUUCCCAACCUCUUUCCCUAAUAGCCAACCUUCUUGAAUAUCUAUAACACUCUUACCAUCUUACACUGUAUUUGACUACAAUUUGUAAUAUUUGAUAAUUAUUACCGUGUAUUAUUUUUUUCCCCCUUUUCCCGCUCUCUUUUGAAUUUUACACGCUACUGGCUCUCGUGGGAGCACCCAUUUCCUCUCCCACCACGUUUUUCAAACCCGAUCCUUUGUUGUUUCAUGUUGGUUCCUCUAUCUAUGUAGGCCGGUCAGUCACGCAUCAUUCUCAACGCAGAUCUGAAAUGGCGCGCAGGUUGUGCUGAAGGAAUUUCGUAUGAUAAAUAUGAUAGGAACAAUAACUUCUUACAAUUUUUAACAAAGGAUUGUAUUGAUAGAGUAACGUAAUCAACAAGUUAGACUUUAUUAUCAAGUACAAGAUAUUUAAAUUGGUUGAGAA